CGCGCACACACCGACGCACAGAGAGGCGCACAUCCCCCAGGUCUCGGCUCCUCUUCGUCCAGCUCCGCUCCAUCAUGCCUUCUCCUCGGAAUCGUGCCCUGCUCUCCGCCGGAUAAACUUUGGACAUACACUCGUAUCAUGGGAAUAUAUUGUCGGUGCGCUCGGCCUCGUGGAUCUACAGUGCCUUGAUGGAAACCAUGUCACCGCAGCAGGGGACCAUGGGACAGAACAGGUCCGAGUCACCGACGGGAGAGAGCAAGGCGCUUCCGGACGGUAAAAAGAAGAUGAAAACCUUGGCCCAAAGACGACAGUCAGCUCCCUCGCUGGUCAUCAGCAAAGCACUUACAAGAUCGAGAAGCACAUCAAGGGAGAACUGUCUAACACUGGUCAACACAGAGUCAUGUCCCCUUGUCCAGGCCUUCCUGGCUGAGUGUCCAGGCCGCCUAUUCCUGGGUCAUACCCGUACACAGCUAAAGACAGGCCUUCAGACACAGGAGAGACAUCUCUUCCUCUUCACUGACAUGCUGGUAGUUGCCAAGGCCAAGUCUCCUAGUCAUUUCAAAGUGAAGGCGCAAGUUCGUGUGUGUGAGAUGUGGACGGGCAACUGCAUGGAAGAGGUGUGUGAAGGAAGCACCAGCCCAGAGAAAAGCUUUGUCAUGGGCUGGCCCACCUGCAACUGUGUGGCCACCUUCAGCUCUGAAGAGCACACGGACAAAUGGUUGUUGCUCAUCAAAAGUCGCAUAGCUGAGGGAAAAGAGAAGGAUGACCCCAAGACCAUUCCACUGAAGAUAUUUGCGAAGGACAUUGGAAACUGUGCAUAUGCCAAGACACUUGCUGUCAGCAACACUGACAGCACCACUGAUGUGAUCCGAAUGGCUCUGCUGCAGUUUGGCAUAUCAGGCUGUGUUCAAGACUACAGGUUGUGGGUGAGCUCCAGUAGGGACGACCCUCCUUACCCUCUCAUUGGCCACGAGUUUCCAUUCAGCAUCAAGAUGAGUCACAUUCGAGAUGGGGGGAGCAGUGGUGGAGGACUGGGGGGAGGAGCAGAAAGGGAUCUAGUGAGUCCCACAGAUUGUCCAGGGGUGCUGCUGUUGGACCAGUGUCUCCCUCCUGAUACUCAGUGCCAGUUCAUCCUCAAGCCCAGCAAAGUUGCACCAGGACAGACUCAACUUUUAGUGCCUGGACAGCAGAAGUCUUUUAAGAGGAAGAGGUCUCUGAUCAACUGGCCUUUCUGGAGAGGUUCCAACACACAGUUGGACAGCCUGCCCCUGUCCCCGACCUCACUUUCACCCACUCAGGGCCGACUUUUUGGGCGACCCCUGAGAUCCAUUUGCUCUUCAGACCACGGCCUGCCCAAGCCUGUCAUGGACAUGCUGGUGUUCCUGUACCUGGAGGGGCCCUACACCAGAGGUGUCUUCAGGCGGUCAGCUGGGGCCAAAGCCUGCCGGGAGCUUCGAGACAGACUGGACAGUGGGACUGAGGACCCGGAGAUCUCACACCAAUCUGUGUUCGUCAUUGCUGCUGUCCUCAAGGAUUUCCUGCGAAAUAUCCCGGGCAGCGUGCUGUCUGUGGACCUGUAUGACCAGUGGAUGGAUGUGAUGGAGGGGGAGGAAGGAGAAAAAAGGAUGCAGGCUGUCAAUAGGUUGCUCCACCUUCUGCCCACUGAGAACCUGCUUCUGCUGCGACAUGUGAUCGCCAUGCUGCAUUGUAUCCAAGGCAACGCCCACGAUAACCAGAUGAAUGCCUUCAACCUGUCUGUCUGCAUUGCCCCCAGCAUGCUUUGGCCUCCAGCACCAAUCACUCCUGAGAUGGAGGGGGAGGGCACAAAAAAAGUCUGUGAGCUGGUUCGCUUCCUAAUAGAAAACUGCAGCAGCGCUCUGGGAGAAGAUGUCCCCUCAUUGUUCAGAAGCUUCAGCCAGAAGAGCAGCAGCAGUGAUCAUGGAUCAGAUGUGUCAUCCUUCCAGUUGAACGACUCAUCCUACGACAGUCUGGAAAAUGAGCUGAAUGAUGACCCGGAUUCUCCCUGCCAGGAGCAGCUGCCACUUCGUGACAAAGACAAACCAGACAGCCACAGCCGUGACUCCGUCAUCACCCUCAGUGAUUGUGACCCUGAUCCCGAUCCUGAAACCAACCUCCUAUUGCAGCUCCCCCCACCAGCACAACCCAGGAGGUUCAGCCCUGCGGUUCGACCAAUUUGCACACACCAGGUCAACGGCCCAUCACAGGGCCCCAGGAGGCUGAGGAGGAGUUCAGAGCCUGCCUUGGCCCUAGCAAGUACACCACCCUUGGGCAAAGUGAUGGUUCAUGCUGAUAGUCGUCACCUACCUCUAAGGAAAGCGAGCUAUGAUGCUGCCACGGAAGGGGAGAGGGAGGAGGAUGAGGAUGAAGUGUUUCUGGAGCAGGGGCUGGAUGGAUUACAGCUGAAGCAGGGAGAGCAUGGAUGUGAGAAGGGAAGAGCUAAAAUGCAGAAUGGUGGGCAGAGGAAGAUGAAGCACACCCCUCCACCUCCAUUUCAGCUGGAUGCCAGCUGUUCCAGUUUGUCGUCACUGGCAACAUCGCCCACAGGCUCCUCUCUCAGCUCUUUAGACUCUGCCUUCUCACAGUACUCUCCUGACUAUGCUUCCAGUUCAGCAAUUCCACUGACUGAGACUGCUCCUCUCUCUCCCUCUUUUUCGGGACGGGCCCAGUUGUCACCCAGGGGAUCCCACUCUCAGAGGGGAGUGCCACCUAAUUGGCCACAGCCCACUCAGAGCAGCCAAGCCACCUGCCACCCCCAUGGCCUUCACCCAAACACAUUGCUCAAGAAGGACUGUCGGCUGUCAUUAAAGCAGCCUGACAAUGGACACACAGAAGAGGUCUCACCUGUGAUAAACGGGAAAACCCAUCCAACCAGUAAUAGCUGCUCUGUCACUGCCUUAGAUGCUGCAGUGGUGAAUCAAAGCUGCCAGCAGAGAUCCAGCAGCCCUCCAUCCUACCAGCAGGCUCUGCUGCAGCUUCAGCACAGCCGCUCUCCUUUCUACAGGGGGACUGAGAAACCUCUGACUGUCAAAGAGCUGAGGCAGCUCCAUGGACAGAUCUGGACCAAGAGAACCCAGAGCUCAGCCUCCACUAACAACCCUAAACCACACACAGGAAGUGAGGUCAUAGGGAGGCAGGCCAGAAAUGAGUGUGUGCAGCCCCCACAGGGUGUUUUCUAUGGACAGAGCACUACCACUCUGAUCCUCCAAAGACAAAAGUCCCACUCUCUAACUCCGGCCAGAGAGGGACACAAAGAAAGAAGGGUCCUUCCCCUCCCCCGCCGAGCAUCUGAACCUACCAAGGCCACUGUGAACUCUAACCCCUCCUCCAGCCUCACUUUGGACAGACCUCAUACUUCUAAAGGCCAGCUCCAAAUCAGUGGCCUAAGAGUGUCAGAUGUGGAGCCCAACCACACUGACCCACACUUCUGCCUUUCUCCCUCUGCUACCCAGACUGUAAGGGACUACUUUUCUUCACAGGGUCAGGAGGAUGCGGAUGCCUGCCUGCGGAGGAGUCAUGAAGUGGCAUUAGCUAUUGUGCAGGGGAAGAGGGAGUGGCAGAACAGGCAGUGCAGCAACCCAGGGAUGUGCGACUUUGAACAUCUUUUUUUUGCAGAAGAGUCAUAUGUGUAAAUAAGAACCUUGUACAGGCAAACUGUGUAUGCGAUAUGUUAUCCUGUGUAUGACAGUCGUCAAUAUUGAUGCGAUUGUAUUCCUCCAUAUUCACCUUUUUCUUCUGGCAGCAGUAGUCAGCCCAACACACAAAGCUGUUGCAGUUCACUGUAAUGGUACACCCAAGGUUUAAAACUGUAAAAGGUACAGAUGCACUUUCUGCUUCAGUGGUUACCCUUCUUGUCAUUGUAAUCCAGAGGUUGUUAAUCUUGGUGAUAAUCCACAAUAUUUUACAAAAGAAAUUUAAAAGCGCUUUCAUGUCUUGAUGUUGUUUUGUAAUAACGUUAUUCAAUGAGCAGUGAUUACAGAAAAUAUGAGAAGAAACAGUUUGAUUUGUUCUCUGGCAGUGUGUCCUUGUUUUGCUUUCACUAUGGAAGAGUGGUUUUUCAGAAAUGAAAAAGAAAGGACAAAGAAGCUUUAUUACUAUUUCUGAAAGCUUUUUAAAUUUUGAAAAAUAUAUUUAGUUAUUUGAAAAGUCUGGCAAAAAAUCCACAUGACUGGUGUGAAAUCAAGGCUGUUGCACACAUGAUGUCAGUAAAACACUUUUUUAUACAUUGUGUGAAGUGUUUAUCCAUUCGAAUCUGUGAAUCAGUAAGAAUCAGUAUUUAUUCAUAUGAGUUUCCAGAAACACCUCUGUAGUUCUGGUUCAUAUUUCUGUGACCUGGGAGGGUGGGGACAGAGGGAGAAGACGAAAAGAUGUCAUUCUGUAUGUGUGUGUGAAAGAACGGGCUGUUUAACAUGAUGCAAUAUGUGAGAAAACUGGUGCCACGGGGGAGAAAUCUCCUUUAAUCUUGCUCAUAUAGCACUUCACAUUUUCAAUCUCACAGAAUGACGAGAACACAACCUGUGUUUGUGUGUGUUUAUGUUGUGCUGAAAGAACCAAUGAAAUCAGUUUCUAUAGCUGUUGUAUGUUAGUCCAUAUGAUAUUUUGUUGCAGUGCGUAUUUCUUAGGUGACAUUUUAGAGUAUAUGACCUUAUUUCACUGCAUAUUAAUGUACUGAAAGGUAUGUAAAUACAUAGCCAAUCUUAAUAUAUGAUUAGUACAUCAGCAGUGUUAUUUUGAACUCAGCUUUUCCAUAGGCUCACACACUGGAAGAAGGCCAUUGCCAUGUUAAGUGUUACCAUUUGAAACUGUCUCAAGAAGUACUUUAUCCUGUAUUAUUAGCUGUUAUCUCCAUUACAGUGAAUUGUAUUCAGCAUGUAAAGAUCCACAUAUUUAUGAUACAGAAAUAUAUAAAUAUAUUAUCUUGUUCUUUUGGUAUAUUGUGUUGUGUGGGAAAAUCAAAUGGGUAUUUUUGUACAUGCCAUUUUUGAUGCUGCUGUCUUUAUAGAAAGUAUAUUUACUACAAAACACACAAUUUGUAUAUUGUGAAUAUUUGAUGCCCAAUGCUCACCAGAAUAAAAUAUCAUUAAUUUUAAUAAAUGAUGCUCUUGUGAAACUAGUUAACCAUGAUGAACAGUGAAUUUGUUCUUGAGUGUGGCUCCAUGAAGCUUGAAUGUUCAGUUGUCUCUGGAGAAUAUGGGGGUAUUACAUAAACAUUAAGGGUCACGGAAUGUACUGUAAACUGGAAUUAGUAAAAGCCAUCAUUCACUUUAUUAACUAAAUACUGUAACUGCUCUACCUCAGCAAAACUAUAUAUAUUGUAACAUGCAUAUUUCUUAUCUGCUUGAGCCAUCAUUUUGCUCAAACUGCUGUACAAAUGACUGCAGUAAUAUUUGGAAACCUUUCAAUUUUUAUUAGAAUUUACUAGAAUGCCUUUGUUUGAAUGGUGCUUGGCUGCACAGCAGGUAUGUUUUGGUGCAGUUAAAACAGUCUGUGGCUUGUUUAAUCAUCACUGAAGUUCAUGACAUAUUUUAUGGAGGAAUUUUUGAAGGAACACUAUGUAGUUCCCUUGUUACUGCUUGUUAAAGCCCUUUGAGUUUUGAGUGUGAACCUGACAGAUAUUUACCUCAAGUAAACUUUGAGAGCGAAAUUUACUAACACAAGAACCAACUGUGGCUUUGUCAUUGUUUUUCUAACCUUCAUGUAUAAUCUUUUAGCAAGAAACAGAACAUCAACAGUCAGACAUGACUCAUAUUUCCAUAAACACUGAGAUGUCAAAAGCUGCAGAAAUAUAGAUAGAAUCAUUAAGAGCCUUCAGAUUUUGUGUAUCUUAUUCUCCUCACAUUUCCAUCUGUACAUCCUAUUAAGAUAUACUGUACAUAUUUUCCAGAAAUGUCACCAUUGGCCU